AUGCCCCCCCCGUCUAAUGACUCCAGACCGGAUGACCUCAAACCCCAACCUGCCAGUCAGUCCUUAGAGGCAAACUCCGGAGCUUCAUUUGUCCGCAAGCUUGGGCUGCGUAUAGAUCCUGCUCGUGCACCGCGACUCCAUCUAUUUGCAUGGAAUGUCGGCGAGAGAAAGAAAUCGCCGGAUCGCGCAUUGUCCGGGACGGCGGCGUCAAUCCCCCAAAUCCUGUCGCAGGCCCAGAUGCUGGGGUUGGCAGCCAUUUACUUUGAAAAAGUCCACCCGUGCUAUGCAUUUUUGAACAGAGAGACCUUAUUGUCACGUAUAGUGCGGCAUUGGUCAAAUAAAACAUCCGCGGAAUCAGAUCCGGCCUUUGAAUCUGUGCUCUGUGGCAUCGCAGCCCUAGCCUAUCUCUUCUCACAGCGCGAGAUCAUGGAUAUUGAAACCAAACUCGCUGAAGACGCACGUCUUUUUCUUGAAAAGUCCGUCCUAUGCGGCAAACCGCCUUCAAUCGACACAAUAACAGCCUGGGUCCUACGCACAGCCUACCUCCGAAUGACAGCCUCCCCACAUGCUGCAUGGAUGGCUAGUUGCACAUUGAUGCAUCUAAUCGAAGCAGCAGGCUUACACCUCGAAGCCUCAGACCUAGAAACGGCCACAGAACUUGGAACUUCAUCCACCGGAAACCACACUAUACAGAACAGCAUCUACACAUCACCCAAUUCCGACCUCGACACUCGCCGACGCCUCUUCGGCAUGGCACGCCACCUAAACACCUGGAUUUCCUUCGACCUAGGCCGAUCUCGCGUCGUCCUCCACGGCGCCACAUCCCAGCCCCCAACACAAGCACAAACAUCAUCAGGAGCAGGAGCAGACCUCUUCCACCUCCUCCCACUCUCCGAUCCCACCUACACAGAACCAUCCCUAAUCCUAGUCCAAUGCAAUCUAAUGCUCUGCAUCUACCGGCGCGCCAGAGCCCUAAACCCCUAUUCUCCCCUCCGCGCAGAUCUACAAGACCGCAUCCUCGCCCUCGCGAGUCGCGCGCUCACCGCAGCGCGGAAAAUGGUCGCCGCCUCGUGUCCCUGGCAUCAGGUUGCCAAUGUUCCGUUCCAGGUCGUCUGCACGCUUUUGGCGAUUGAUAAUCGCGCGGCGUUGGGGUUGCUGUCGGAUGCGAUGAUGACGUUGAGGGAGGUUCAGGCUGCGUAUGAUACGGGUGUUAUGCGUGAAGCUUAUUCGACGGCUUAUUUGCUUGUUGCGUUGCAUCAGCGUAGAAAGGAGGAUGAUACGAGAGCUUUGGCAGAGGUUUUGAGGGCUAAUGCCUCUGCUGCUGGGGGUGUGUCGGGUACUGCUGGUUAUGGGGUUGGAGGUGGGAUUGGCUAUGAUACUACAGAUGGCCAUGGUAACACCCAUGCGAGGGGUAAUACGUUGGAUGGAGCUUCGUUGCACCAGAAUGUGCGUCCGGAAGGCCAAACUGCGCAGCAGAUGCAGCUUCAGCAGGAUGCGGCGGAUGCGGACCUGUCUUGGUUGGGCGAUUUGAUGAUUGACAUGCCUUCCUUGCAGAACUUUGAUUUGGAACAGUUCCUCGGAACUACUGUCCCGUGGCCGCUUCCUGAGAUGGGGAUCUAG